AUGGCCGUCCCGCCGGGUCUGCUGAUGUCGUGCGGCGGAUUCAACGAGGGAACCGGCUUGUUUGAACGAUGGCACACAUCGUUGGCUAUUGGUGCUGAUGGACGGGCUGUCAAGAAGUAUGUCUUUGUUCGCGGCCACGAGGAUCACUCAAACGACGAGAACGAGACCUCCAUCAGGGUGCUGACCGGCACCUGGCUCCCGCAUGCAGAUGGCUUUGGCCGAUUUGGUUCCGAUCUGGUGGCGUUUCUGGCAGCUGCACUAGGCCCUGACCCGCUGCCAUCUGAUCUGGCUGAUGCAGAUCGCCAAGAGCAGAAACCGAUCCUGGUCCCGCGCCCGCUUGACGCUGGGUCGCAGAAUGAGGAUUCGUCUGGCAGGCUAGCCAACCUUAGCUACAACUACGGCAGCGAGAGCGGCGACUCGAGCGACGAUGACAAGCCGAACAUUGUCAACCGAGAUGCGGUGGCCAAGGAGGUGCGGAUCCUUGCCCGUGUUGAGGUUGAUCCUGGCCGGUGCGUCAACGACAUGAACAGCCCAGGUCGCAGCGGCGAUCGCAGGCCACAGGAAGGCGUCGAGGUCAUCAGCAUGCGACUGGUCGACAUCUCGAUCGAGAACAACCUGAUCUUUGCCGCAGCAGCUGAUGCCGACCACAUGCCCGUUCCCGAAGUGAUCGAGGCGCUCUACGACGGCGAGUUUGAGUACUACUCGUAG